AUGGGCAAGAAUAGUCUUGAAGGCAAAACGGACGUCGCUAUGGCUGAAGAUGCAGGCCAUAUCGUCGACGAGCAGAUCCUCGACCUCGACCAGAGAAUCCAGGAACUCGUUGCCACCGCGCCUCCAUUCUACCAGAACAAGAACCUUCUCCGGCUGUAUCUCCUCAUCAUUCCAACUUGUUUGGCAGCUGCUAUCACACUGGGAUUCGAUGCAAGUAUGAUGUCUGGUCUUCAAGCUGUGCCCCCUUGGGAUAACUACUUUGGUCAACCUCGCGGUGCAUUGCUUGGUAUCAUGUCUGCAAUCCUCCCCCUCGGAUGUGUCGUCGCGACGCCCUUUAUCAGCUUGGUCGGUGAUCGCUGGGGACGACGUAUGGGUAUCUUUGUCGGCGCUGUCAUCAUGAUUAUCGGUGCCGUCAUCCAAGGUGCUUCUGUUCACUUUGCCAUGUUUCUCGUCUCCCGCUUCAUUAUCGGUUUCGGCCUCGUCUUUGCAAACGCCUACGCCCCCAUGCUCAUCGGUGAACUCGCCCAUCCCAAGGAACGACAAGUCAUCACAUCCCUAUAUCAGACAUCUUGGUACAUCGGUGCUAUCCUCGCUGCUUGGGUGACCUUUGGAACCUUUAGCAUUCCUAGUGAAUGGGCGUGGAGAAUCCCGUCUCUUCUACAGGCUGCACCAGCUCUGCUUCCCAUCACAUGUGUCUUUCUUCUUCCUGAGUCUCCUCGUUGGCUCAUCGCGAAUGGUCGCAGUGAAGAAGCAAAGGCUCUGCUGGUGAAGUGGCAUGCUAAUGGGAACGAGGACGAUGAACUUGUCAAGCUCGAGUUUAUCCAGAUGCGAAAUGUCAUUGAGGCUGAGGUCAGCAAUGAGACAGGCUGGAAAGAUCUCUUGACAUCACCUGGCAACCGGAAGCGAGUAUUUAUCCUAGUCUGUCUUGGCUGUUUCAGUCAGUGGUCUGGCAAUGGUCUCGUUUCUUAUUACCUUGUUCGUGUUCUCGAAACCGUCGGUGUCACCAAUCCUCGCGAGCGUAACAUUCUCAAUGGCUGCCUCAUGAUCUUCAACUGGCUCACCUCAGUCGCGUCAGCAUUCCUCACCGCUUACAUGAAGCGUCGAACCCAGUUUCUCAUUUCUGUGGGAGGCAUGCUCGGUAUCUUUGCAUCUCAGACCCUUUGCGCCGGUCUCUUCAACGAAGAUCACAACGCCGCCGCAGGAAAGGCCGUCAUUGCUAUGCUCUUCCUCUUCUACUUCUUCUACAACUUGGCCUUCAACGCGCUCCUCUACUCGUACCCUGUCGAGAUCCUUCCCUAUCCCAUUCGUGCCAAAGGUUUCUCGCUCCUCAUGUUCUUCGGAAAGGCGAGCAACUUUAUCAACACCAUGGUCAACCCUAUUGGUCUUCAGGCACUGGCUUGGAAGUUCUAUUUUGUUUAUGUUGCCUGGCUUGCUAUUGAGCUUGCUGUUGUUUGGAAGUUCUUCGUCGAAACCAAGGGCCCAAGUCUCGAAGCUAUCGCUGCUGUGUUCGACGGUCAUGUCCCGGCUGAGCAUGAGGCGCAGGAUCUUAAGAAGAAUAAGUUGGAGGAAGACUAG